UCCUCCUCGUGGCCCCAGAUAUACACACACUCAGCCGCGGCUGGACAUGCACACCCAGCGCCGGCUCCGGGCGCGUGCACACGCAGGUAGCGACACUCACCUGAGCCCGUGCACAGGGCGCCUGUCGCCUCGAGAGCGGCGGACUGGCGGCCUGGGCCGCGGAGGGGCCCCCUGUGCUGCGGGACUGCGGGAAUCGGGAGCAGCCCCAGCGCGGACCUGCGAACUGAGGUGAUGGCGCGUCUUCCUUAAAUCCCUCCCCCACCCCGCACCUCCUCCUCCUAGGCUCUCGCCGGGGAAGCCAGGAGAGAGGGGCCCCGGGCGCGGAGCACACGCGGGCGCACGCCCCGAGGCGAGCGCGCCGAGAGGGGCGCCGCGGUGCCGGCGCAGGAAACUUGGGCGAAGUUAGUUGCAAGUCCCGGGCGGAGGCCCAGAGGACCGAGGAGGGGACGCGGCCGGUGCUGGGCCCGCCGCGCUGCCCGGAAGCCGGGCCGCGCUCCACGCCCGGUGCGCUCCGGGAGCCCGAGUCGGCUGGAGAGCCAGGAGGGGCUUGGAGCGAGCGGAGCCGGCAUGGCUCGAGGGACAGCGAGACGCGGCGCUUCGGCGAGCCACGAGGAUUUCCUUUGAGGCCCGGAGAUCCUAGGCUCGCUCAAGUCUCAUCCAACCUCCUUCCCCGACCGGCAGCCGGAGAGGAAGACCCACGAGGCAGGUCCCCCCGCAAAACCCCAGCUCAUUAGGGGGGUUCCCGUCAGCGCGCCCUGCCUGUCCCGAGUGAGGAAGACCGGCUGGUGCUGCAGUAUUUGUAUUUAUAUCCAUUGCUGCGCUCUGCGUUCCUUUGGUGCGCCCGGACCCUCCUCCGUCUCCCCCCUCCUUUUCCUCCUCCGGGGCCACCUCCCCUCCUCCCCCCACCCCCAUCUGCUACUGUCAAAUGAGAAAGUCACCGAGGAGAACCCAAACACUCCAGCCGCCGAGAGCCCCCUUUGGCACUUGGCAGCGCGCGGCGGCUGACUCCUCUGCUCAACCUGGUGGAGCCUCCGCGACGCAAGUUUCCCGGCUGCUGUGCCUUUAACAGAGAAAAGACCGAGGACGGGGAGAGCGCUGCCCGGUGGCGGCUACCUGCGGGGAGUUCGCGAGCGAACGCAACUGGAGAGGAAGGACAAAAAGAAAGCAAAGGGCAGACUGCCCCCGUGGGGUGGGGACACCGCCGAGAAGUUAUCGCGCCCCGGAGAGGAUUUUCCCGAGCGCCUGGCCGGAGAGAGCAGGGCGGCCAGGGGAGCGGCGCGGCCCGGGGCUGGUCCCCCGGCCCCCUCCUCCCGGACGGGAGCGACGCCGGGGUGCGAAGUGGGGCGCGGCGAGCGCGGCGGGCCGAUAGGGUCCCCGCGGACGGCCAACAUUGAUUUCCUCCGGGCCGACAGCGACGGCGCGGGCGGCGGCGGCGGGCUGCAGCCGCGGCACGGCGAGAGCAUGUCCAAGCCGGUGGACCACGUCAAGCGGCCCAUGAAUGCCUUCAUGGUCUGGUCGCGGGCUCAGCGGCGCAAGAUGGCCCAGGAGAACCCCAAGAUGCACAACUCGGAGAUCAGCAAGCGCCUGGGCGCCGAGUGGAAGCUGCUCACCGAAUCGGAGAAGCGGCCGUUCAUCGACGAGGCGAAGCGCCUGCGCGCCAUGCACAUGAAGGAGCACCCAGACUACAAGUAUCGGCCGAGGCGCAAGCCCAAGACGCUGCUCAAGAAGGACAAGUUCGCCUUCCCUGUGCCCUACGGCCUGGGCGGCGUGACCGACGCCGAGCACCCGGCACUCAAGGCGGGCGCCGGGCUGCACGCGGGCGCGGGUGGUGGCCUGGUGCCCGAGUCGCUCCUCGCCAACCCCGAGAAGGCGGCCGCCGCCGCCGCCGCGGCUGCCGCCCGCGUCUUCUUCCCGCAGUCGGCCGCCGCCGCCGCCGCAGCCGCCGCCGCCGCCGCCGCCGGCAGCCCCUACUCGCUGCUCGACCUGGGCUCCAAGAUGGCAGAGAUCUCGUCCUCCUCGUCCGGCCUCCCGUACGCGUCGUCGCUGGGCUACCCGACCGCGGGCGCGGGCGCCUUCCACGGCGCGGCGGCGGCGGCUGCAGCAGCGGCCGCGGCCGCCGGGGGGCACACGCACUCGCACCCCAGCCCGGGCAACCCGGGCUAUAUGAUCCCGUGCAACUGCAGCGCGUGGCCCAGCCCCGGGUUGCAGCCGCCGCUCGCCUACAUCCUACUGCCCGGCAUGGGCAAGCCUCAACUGGACCCCUACCCCGCGGCCUACGCCGCCGCGCUAUGACCCCGCGGGGCCGCCUCGCGAGGACCGGUGUGCACACGUGUACAUAUGUAUAGAAAGUAGAACGAAACAGCAUGGAUCUCUCUUUCCCUCCCCGCCUCUGGGUAGCCUAGGCGAGGGGCGCAGAAGAUGGAGAGAAGAUUCGACCAUCUUCCCUGAGCAGAGAGGGACCCGCGCGCCAGCCAAUCAGAGCGCGGCUCUGCCGCUCCCCGCCGCCGCCGCACCCUCGGGGAGAGUGAAGUUCCCGCAACUGGCCCGCCCGAAGGAUCCGUGUCUUUCUUGUGCUCACAGCCCAGCGGAGGCAGAGAGAGCGCCAACCAAACUUUAUUAAUCUCUCCCCGUUCUUUCUCUCUCAGCCCAGUGCAUCUCAAAGAAAAAAGGAAAGAAGUAAAAGUUAUGCAGAAGUUAUGUUUCCUGUGUCCCUUCGCCCAGCGUUGGAAUCCGUGGAGCGGCAAGUCUGGCCAUUCCAAGAUGCACUCUGAUUUUAGAACAUUCCAGGGAGCCGAUCCUUAGACUCAGGGUUUGGGGCCUGCUUUCCAUUUAUACUGCGUUUUUGAGAGUCUCAUACAGUGUCUGGUACGUGGUAGGUGCUGAAUGAAUAGUUGCGGAAUGAGUGAACGCAUGUAAGUUUGAUGGAGGAACCCUGGCCUCCUGUGGAUGUCGGGGAGGAGUAAUACCAAGGAUGGCUUUCGCAUUUCACCGCCCCAACCUCCACCUUAUCUAGGGGAGCGGUCCAAAUCCUGAGGGGUUUUGUCUUCAGUCUACCUGGGCCGCUGCACAAGAUGUGAAGACCGAACAAGUGACGAGCAACUACUGCCCCCCCAUUCCUCACUCUGUCCUCACCCCCAAAUCUGCCCCAAAGCUUGUGAGCAGUCCCAUCUGGCUGCGUAGAACAUUGGACCCACCCCGUUAAAGAAUUAGAAUACACUUAAAGCUUAGCUCUCUCUCGCGGGCUUCUCCCCUUGGCUCCUACCCCCCUUUCCCCUCCUGGCUUGUAAGCCUUUGACUGAACCCCACGCAACAGGGAACCUCCUGCCUGAAUUGCUGGCGGAGGCAGGGCGCGAACCCGCGGAGAUCUGGGCUGUCCUCAGGCUCCCUUCGCUGCCCCGCAGGCGGGCGUCGGUAACCUUGUCAGUAAUGUUCAAGGGUUGACCGCCAAGCCUGCCUGGGUGCUGGGCCACCCAGCCGUCGAACUUUCCAGCGGCUUUCAGCGCUGCGCAAACUUAAAUGAAUAAUGCAAAUUAUAGACGGCCCAGCUGACACGUCCCUGCGAACGCGCGUAGGUUCAGAGGGCGCUCUGAGUAGCAGCUCUCCCGACCUCCCCGACGGCCGGCGGGAAGCUGGGUUCUGAGAAGCAGUGACAACUGCUUCUGAAUAGUUGAGACAGAAGGGGGGGUGUCCCGAACUUUAAAAGCAGUGUUCUCCCCCCCCCUUCUUUUUAAAGAAGCAGUUGAGCCUUACCAAGUGACGGGGGUCGCGCGGAAGCCUCGCAUAUUUUAAAGUGUAACCCGAGCCUUCGCGGUUUCGGCUCUACUUAAAACAUUCAAGUUCCUAGAAACCGACAAAUCUGAAAAACUUGCAAAGGGUUCUAUCCGGAUAAACCCGUUGGGAGUCACUUUGAGGAGAUAAAAAGCACAGAGAUUGGGGUGAUGGGCAGUUGUGGGAGGCAGUGUCCUGUUGUUCCAGGUUCCAGGUGGCCACUGGGCCUUUGGAAACCGCCUCAGCGCAGAGCAGGGAAGUGGUACCCACUAGGCAACGACUUCAACGCCUCCGUUUUUGUGACCGCCCCCCGCCCCCGCACUCUCCCCAGCCCCUCACUGCACGCUUUGUCAGGUAGACUCCAUCACCCUUGCCGCGGCUGCCCCAUCAUUCACACUUGA